UGGUCGCCACCGCACUCCCUCUCGCUCUAUCUCUACACACCACGAUCUUUGCCUAUAUAUACGCCUCCAAGAUGGCUGCGGCCGCCCCGCUGGUGGUGAACGGAGCAGUAAAAAUGGCUAAUACCUCACAGGCAUACCUUGAGAGCGGCAAAGUCAGAGAGACCAAGGCCUUGAUAACCGAGCUGUGCCGUCAUUUCUAUACUCAGGGUUGGGUCUCCGGCACCGGCGGCAGCAUCACCAUCAAGGUCCACGAUGACUCUAUUCCCAAACCCCAACAGCUCAUUGUUAUGUCCCCUUCAGGAGUGCAGAAGGAAAGAAUGAUGGAAGAAGAUAUGUAUGUGUUAUCUCCAAAUGGGUCAGUUUUAUGUGAGCCAUUGGCUAAGCCCUACCCUAACAAGCCUCCCAAGUGUUCUGAUUGUGGUCCUCUGUUCUUGAAGGCUUAUGAGAUGCGUAAUGCAGGUGCUGUGAUCCAUAGUCAUGGAAUGGAAUCUUGUCUUGUAACAAUGAUCAAUCCAUCAUCCAAAGAAUUUCGGAUUACUCAUAUGGAAAUGAUCAAAGGGAUUCAAGGGCACGGUUACUAUGAUGAGCUUGUGGUCCCAAUCAUAGAGAACACUGCCCAUGAAAGGGAACUCACAGACUCUCUUGCUGAAGCUAUAAAAGCUUACCCAAAAACAACAGCUGUUCUGGUCCGGAAUCAUGGAAUAUACAUAUGGGGAGAUUCUUGGAUUAGUGCUAAGACACAGGCUGAAUGCUAUCACUACCUCUUUGAUGCUGCAAUUAAACUUCAUCAGCUAGGACUAGACUGGUCAACGCCAACUCAUGGCCCCAUCCGUAAGUCUAUUGGUGUUUUAGGCAGUUUACAUCCUACCAAGGCAUCUGCAAAAGAGGGGAGUGUUGCUUCAAAUGGUGGAAUCGGGCCAUCAAGACGCUGCAUUGUUCUGGACAUUGAAGGAACCACUACACCAAUAUCUUUUGUGUCUGAUGUUCUCUUCCCUUAUGCUCGGGAUAAUGUGGGGAGACAUUUGGAUAUCACAUAUAACACUGCGGAAACUCAGGAUGACAUCAAAUUACUGAGAGCUCAAGUAGAAGAAGAUUUACGGAAUGGGGUUGCGGGUGCUGUGCCCAUCCCGCACGAUGAUGCUGGGAAAGAAGAGGUAAUUGCAGCUCUGGUUACCAAUGUGGAGGCAAUGAUUAAAGCCGACCGCAAGAUUACUUCGCUAAAACAAUUACAGGGUCAUAUUUGGCGGACUGGUUUUCAGCAUAACGAGCUAGAGGCAAUUGUUUAUGAUGAUGUGCCCGAAGCUCUAGAGAAAUGGAACGCUUUGGGCAUCAAGGUCUACAUAUAUUCAAGCGGUAGCAGAUUGGCACAGAGGCUCUUAUUUGGCAACACAAAUCACGGGGACCUGAGAAACUUCCUUUGUGGAUUUUUCGACACAACAGUGGGGAACAAGAAGGAAAUGAAAAGUUACAUCGAGAUCACAGAGUCUUUGGGAGUGGAUAACCCAUCCGAGAUUCUGUUCGUGACAGAUGUCUAUCAAGAAGCAACUGCAGCGAAAGCCGCAGGUUUGGAGGUGAUCAUCUCUGUUCGCCCAGGAAACGGGCCUCUGCCUGAAAAUAAUGAGUUCAGGACUGUCAAAAGCUUUGCAGACAUCUGAUAGAGGCUAUACAUACCAAGAUUUAGCACCUUGUUUGUGUGAGUUUGGGCAUAAAUAAUGUUGGAAUACUUCUUCCUCUUACAAACAUUGAAGUUAUUGAAGUUAUAUUGCUCCAUAAAUGUUGUUCUACCCUCUCCUGAUA